GAAAAACCCAGAAAGUUUUCCCCUUUACUUUCUUCCUCCCUCUUGCCAAUUUCCACCCUUUUUNNNAAACCCAGAAUGUGGAAGCAAUUCUUCAGUAAACUCCCCCGAAAAUCCUCCAGACGCGAUCAAGAUUCACCCAGAAAUCCUAAUUCUUCCACAAACGCUGCCAAACGGGCCUCAGCCGCCGUUUUUCCAGCUAGCAUAAUUGCUGGAAUCGAGCCGCUCCUUGCUUUCAAAGAUGUCCCUAGCUCGGAAAGAACGAACCUUUUCAUCAGCAAGCUGAGCCUAUGCUGUGUGGUCUUUGACUUCACAGACCCCUCCAAGAAUGUUCAUGAGAAGGAGCUCAAACGGGCAACUUUGCUCGAGCUCCUCGAGUUUCUGUCUGAAAAUCCCCCAAAAUUAACCGAGCCUCUGAUCCAAGCAUCGUGCAAGAUGUGCUCGAUAAAGCUCUUCCGCGUUUUCCCUCCAAAUUCCUGCUCGAGGGCCCGGAGCCUGGCCGGGAAUGACGAGCCCGCUUUUGAGCCCGCGUGGGCCCAUUUGCAGAUCAUGUACGAUUUUCUCCUCAAGCUCGUGACAUCAUCCUCACUCGAGACGAAGAUCGCGAAAAAGUACAUAAACCACUCGUUCAUAUCUAAAAUAAUCGAUCUUUUCGACUCGGAGGACCCUCGCGAAAGGGACUGUCUGAAAGCUAUUCUCCAUAGGAUUUACGGCAAGUUUAUGAUUCACAAGCCGUUUAUAAGAAAGUGCCCGAGCUGCUCGACGUUUUUGGGAGUGAUUACGGGCUUUGCUCUGCCUCUGAAAGAGGAGCAUAGAAUAUUCUUUUGGCGGGCUUUGCUCCCUCUGCACAGGCCUAAGUCGUUGGGGGUUUAUUUUCAGCAGCUUUCGUAUUGCGUGACUCAGUUUGUAGAGAAGGAGCCUAAGCUGGCUAGUGGUGUUAUAAUGGGGCUGUUGAGGUGUUGGCCAAUUACGAAUAGUCAAAAGGAGGCGAUUUUUUUAGGCGAGGUUGAGGAGAUUUUGGAGGUGAUCAGCAUGGGCGAGUUUCAUAAGAUUAUGGUUGCUGAGAGGGCAUUGUUCCUUUGGAAUAACGACCAAAUCGUGAAUCUUAUUUUGCACAAUGGUCAAGUUAUUCUUCCCAUAAUAAUCCCAGCUCUUGAAAUAAAUGCACAAAGCCACUGGAACCAAGCUGUGCUCAACUUAACCGUAAACGUACGAAAAAUUCUUACAGAAAUGGACGAUACCUUAACAUCGUCCUGCAUUUGUAAUUUCCGAAAGGAACAGGAAAAGUCAAAUUCAGUAGCCGAAACACGGAGGCAAGUAUGGGAGCACUUGGAAAAUAUCGCGAGUCUCCAGCCAAUUGCCGAAAAAACUGCUGUUCUGGUAAUUCAGUAA